AUGGAGAAUACUAAGAAAAAGAAUCCAGUGACAGGUUUAUUUCCUGCUACAGAACAUAACAGUCACGCCUGGGUGCGAGACAAUGUGUAUUCAAUACUUGCUGUAUGGGGACUCUCCCUGGCAUACCGGAAGACGGCAGACCUUGAUGAGGAUCUAGCCAAGGCUUAUGAACUAGAGCAGUCUGUUGUGAAGUUGAUGCGAGGGCUGAUGAGAAGUAUGAUGCUACAAGUGAACAAACUGGAGAAAUUUAAGUUGACACAGUCUCCGAAAGAUUGCCUGCAUGCCAAGUACAGCAGUGUGACUGGCAAGCCUGUGGUCGGCGACAAGGAGUGGGGUCAUCUUCAGAUUGAUGCCACUUCACUGUAUAUACUCUUCCUGGCACAGAUGACAGCAGCAGGUCUACAAAUAGUAUAUACACUAGAUGAGGCAUCUUUUAUACAAAACCUUGUUUUCUACAUAGAAACAGCGUACAGAACACCAGACUAUGGUAUUUGGGAGAGAGGUGACAAAACAAACCAUGGUCUGCCAGAAUUAAACUCCAGCUCUAUUGGAAUGGCAAAAGCAGCCUUAGAGGCUAUAAAUGAGUUAGAUCUGUUUGGAGCCCGAGGUGGACCUGCCUCUAUUAUCCAUGCCCUACCAGACGAAGCCCAGCAGUGCCAGGCUAUACUACACUCCAUGCUUCCCCGAGAAUCUAGCUCCAAGGAGAUAGAUGCUGCCCUUAUAUCUGUGAUAAGUUUUCCUGCCUUUGCUGUAGAUGAUGUAGACAUCAUCAACAAAACUAGAGAUGAAAUAGAAAACAAACUUAUGGGUAAAUAUGGUUGUCGGCGGUUUUUACGUGAUGGUUAUAAAACAGCAGUGGAGGAUCCCAAUAGACUACAUUACGAGCCUUGGGAACUUCUCGCUUUCGAGAAAAUAGAAAAUAUGUGGCCUAUGUUCUUUGCUUAUUUCAUACUAGAUGGUCUUUAUAGUGGAGACGCUGAGAGAGUUGAUAAGUACCGAACAUUGUUAGACAGUGUUAUUAUAAAGAAUGAGGAGGGUAUACCAAUGAUGCCGGAGAUGUAUGCUGUGCCAAAAGAUAAGGUUGAUCAAGAGGUAAGGAAACCUGACAGUCAAAAAAGACAGCAGAUAGGAAAACCUUUACACAUGUGGGGACAGUCACUUUAUAUACUGGGGAGACUGGUUGACGAGAAAUUUAUUUCACCUGGAGAGUUAGAUCCGUUGAACAGAAGAUUGAUAACAGAACCAAGGCCUGAUGUUGUAGUGCAAGUUGUGAUACUGGCAGAAGAUAUGACUAUACAGGACAAAUUGUCAGAGAAUGGUAUAUUUGUGCAGACUAUACCAGAAGUUGCACCUAUACAGGUCUACCCUGCUAGAGUCCUUAGCCAGAUUUACUCCUUACUUGGCAAGAACAAAAGAAUGGGAUUGACAGGGCGACCCUCCAGUGAGAUUGGUCUCCUAGCAACCAGCAAGCUUUACAUUCUCCAGGACCAGAUUCUUGCAUUUAUACCACAGUUUGUAGACCAGCAUCAGUUCUACUUGCCGCUCGAUAUGGAUUUUCUUGUAGACACAAUGAAAAACAAUAUGGAUGACUUGCAGCAUAACUGGAGAAUGAUGGGAAGGCCUACGUUUAUCUGUCCAGUUAAUAGAUCUACACUAGAUCAGUAUGGGCAGCCACCAAGCUCGCUGAUUGGUACCCUGAAGAAGCUACAGAGUGGAUAUAUAGCUGGUACCCGGGUUCAUCUGGGACUGUUGUCUGACUUUAUCUCCACUUCCUGUGUUACCAAACUCAGCUUCGUGAAGGACUUUGAUCAAUCAAACCAGGUUGAUACCCAGUUGAUGAAGUUGCUAAGUGAUGUAUUAAAGAGGUCAUCUCCCAGACAGAGAUUGCUCAGUUUUGGCAAGAAGGCAAGCCGGUCAUACCGCCACAGUUCCGUUAGGGGUAUCGUUCGAAGGUCAAGAUCCAUCAAUGUGGAUGCAUUGGAUGUGCAAGCUUUUCGUCAGAAAGUCAUUGUAGAUUCAGAUGAAGAGUUUAAAGGUGUAGAUGAAGGAGAGGACCGCCCACUGCCUGGUUCAGAGCACCAUGAAGAAUCAGCUCACCACCAUUUAAAAGAUUCGUCACCAUGGGCUUCACCAGCUCCAAGCCCUAAAGUGAGCCCAAAAGCGAGCCCUAAAGUAAGCCCACAAGGUUCACCUAAGUUUCAGCGAAAGAAAUGGGCAUUUGGCGAAAAGCAUGCAUUCACACAGGAAAACAACUAUGAAAGUGUCAAUGCGCACGAGCUUGUUGAGCAGCUAGCACAGUCAGAGAAUCUCCAAGAGCAGGCAGACAUAAUACACUACCUGUAUAUGAAAAAAGGUACUGAAUGGGAUACUGAGGUUGAUGGGAAGUAUUGUACAGUGGGAGAACUUCUAUUGGAGUUAUACGAAAAAGCUGGACAUUUUAAGCAAUGGUGGCUAGUUAGACAUGCAGCGGGCAUGUUAAAGAAGAGAGUAGAGGAUCUUGCCCUGGCAGCUACUGACUUACUGGUACGACAGAAACAACUGUCUGUAGGACUGCCUUCGGAGAAUGAGAAAAUUAUAACCAGCCCACUACCACCAGAUGAACUGGCAGCAAUCAUCUAUAGUGUCUGUGGUGAAGAUCUUAGUACUGCAUCUUUAACUCAGGAGCUGUUGAUAUAUCUGGCCAUGUUCAUCCGAACUGAGCCCAAACUGUUCAACGAAAUGUUACGUUUAAGAGUUGGUCUUAUAAUACAAGUCAUGGCAACUGAGCUGGCACGUCUUUUCAAAUGUACAGGAGAGGAAGCCAGUGACCACCUUCUCAACUUGAGUCCGUACGAGCUGAAGAUGAUGUUACAUCAUAUACUGAGUGGGAAAGAGUUUAUGAUAACCACAGGAGAUGAUUGCGACAAAGAAAGCAUCAUGGAGUACUUAACAACCGAUUACGAUGAUGAAUACAAGCUGUCCGUCGUCACCAAACACGGUAAAAAGGAGACGUCUGCAUUUGCCGAGAGACUGAGUAAAACCGCCACACCAUCCAAGGUGCCAGGCGUAAGUCUUACACCCUCAGGUGCAUCCUCCAGAAAAAGUGAGGCUGGUUUGUUUGAGACAGAAAUGGAAGAUCGACAAGGCCAGUGGCUGCGGAGGCGACGUCUUGAUGGGGCUCUAAAUAGGGUGCCUGUAGGCUUCUACACUCAAGUUUGGAAAGUCUUAGAGAAGUGUCAUGGGUUGAGUAUUGGAAACCAUUUCCUGCCCCACAGUCUUACCAGAGAGAUGACGUCCGGAGAAUUCAAGUUUGCCUUACAAGUAGAACGAGUGUUAAAUAUGAUCCCACAACCUGAAUUCCGACAGCUGAUGGUUGAAGCAUUGAUGGUCACUACGAUGCUAGUUGACGGAGAUUGUCGUAUUAAUCUUAGUGGACAAGUCAUACACAUAGACAAAAUUGUAUACAAUGCUAAUGAUAUAUUUAUCAAGGAACAGCAAAUUUCAGCAGAGGUAGUGGCAUAUUCACAGGGAGCUGCAGGUAUUUGUCAGCAUUUGUACGAUACAGCCCCCAGUGGGAGGUACGGGACAAUGUCAUAUAUGGCACGAGGAUUGGCAAUGGCUCUAAAUCUAGAUCAUCAUCAGAACAUGGAGUGUAGUGUCAGCUGAUAGUCCUAACGUUGAAAGUGAACUAAUAUAAAAGUUAUAAAAAGUGUUGAAAACACCAAAACAGCUUUUUUAUAGUGCAUAAGGCAUACAGAAAUAAACAUUUUACAUGUCGUUCAAGGCUUUAAUCAAGUGAUAGUAAUAAUUGCAAGGUGCUUAUAGCAACAGCUUCCGUUUUAGUGAUUUGUCUGUCAAACAGUUUCAUCUUUCAGAUCUGAUUAAGGCUGAUAGUAGCUUACAUUACAAAUGCUUCACUGUCUUGAACAUAGGCAGGUCCACUUUUCACACUUUUCCACUUCCACAUUGCUUCGUGUCAACACUUGUUGACCUCCACAUAGAUCCACUUCCACAUUGGUCCAUGUCCACACUUGUUGGUUUCAGUGGAUGUGCUUCUUGCUGGCAUUAACAUGGCUACAUUUCAAAAUCAGUCCAUGCCCACACAAGUUUCCUUGCUUGUUUGUUUCCAGUCAAAUGUGAUUACUUGUAGGCUCUGCUUUCAUGCUGACUUCCAUAUACACAGCAUUAUGUUGUUAUGAGUUGUUUUGUUAUUAAUUUUAUUUUAUAAACAUGUGUUUUAAUGCAUUCUAGGAUAAAACUGAUAGUAUUGUUGAUUGCAGUGGGUGUUAUAACAAGAGAGUAAAUGAAAUGCUCAUUAUCAAGAUCACAUGCUAUGAAAAAGUCUUUUUAUAAAUGCUUCUUCCAUGGCAACACAUGCACAUACUACAGCCCUAUAAUGUAUAAGUAAAUCAUGUUUGAGAGGAAACUGUUCAUUUAAUUUAGCUUUUUGCUUAAUUUAUGUUAGAAUUGCAUUAACCUUUAGCCUGCUGGCGGCAAGUGAUUUUGCCUUUGCGACCAGUGCGGACCAGGCUGAUCAUGGUUUGCACUGUUUGCUUUUCAGUCUGUAAAUUUUCAGUGAAAACCCCUUCAAAUAAUAAAUGGUACUGCGAAUUGAAUGAUAGACCAGUCCAUUUUAGAUAUUUAGCAGGGUAAAGGUUAAUGCCUUUUGUUUCCUGUAAUAUCAUCUGCAGUAUUUCUUGGGCUCUGGCACUAGCCAAUCCCUCUGGAUUCUGCAGAUGUAACAGCACAACAGAACUCGAUAUUCCUGCUUCACAGUUGAUUGUACCAAGGAAGCUUAAGUAUAUAAAUGUCUGUAUACAUCUACGGAUUAAGUAAUUCCUUUAAGGAGUGUAUUCUAACAAUAUUUCUUGUUUUAGAAUUCCAUAAAAAAACACACUGCAUACUAAGAAAGCUGUGAAGAAUUAUUACUCAUUAUACAGUAUUUUUUAUCACUUAUAUAAAUUACCAGUCCUUGGUAGUGCUAUUUACUGAUUAAAUGAGCUGUGCCAUGAGAAAACCAACAUAGUGGCUUUGCGACCAGCAUGGAUCCAGACCAGCCUGUGCAGUCUGGUCAGGAUCCAUGCUGUUCGCUGACAGUUUCUCCAAUUUCAAUAGGCUUUAAAAGCGAACAGCAAGGAUCCUGACCAGCUGCGCGGAUGCGCAGGCUGGUUUGGAUCCAUGCUGGUCGCAAACCCACUAUGUUGGUUUUCUCAUGGCACGGCUCAAAUGUUAAUUGCAGGUAUGCUGGGCUAAAGUAAAAAAAAAUAAGAAAAAAACUUUUGAAUUUAUUUCUGAUGUUAUAUAAUGAAAGCAAUAUUGAAUGGCUGGCCAAUCAGUAAACAUUUAUACCUUGGUCCUUCCGAGACCUCAGUUCUUCAGACCUAAGGCAAAUACGUUUCGACUAAUUAUUGACUGGCAAGCAAGUAUAUAUUUAGUGUCUGCAAUAAAGGAAUUUCAGCAGUAUUUUAUUGUGAUGUAAAGUGAUAUUUUUGGUGGGCUUAAGUCAAAACCUGAGAAAAAACUUUGAAAUUUAUUUCUGAACACUUACUAAAUGGCUUUCCAAUAUGGUUUUUGGACAGAAGGUGAACAUUUUUAUCUUUUGAUAGGCAAUCAUUCAGUGUGUGUAAAAAUACAGUAAAACACUGCUUGCUCCAUCAGCUACUCAAACACAUUGGCUCAUUUGAGCAGUUCAUAUGGUUCCACAUCAUUUUCUCUAUAGUUUGUUAGGAUCAUUCAAAACCUCUGGAUAACUCCUGCAGUUUGGUUUCCCCCUUGCAGCCUAGAGCAGUUGGUGUUUUACUGUAGACUUUUUACUGUGGUUAAUAUCAAGAUUAACUGAUGUAAGAUAAUUUAUACUAAUAAGAGGGCUCAUUUACACAAAUUUGUUGUGGUGGUCCCUCCUCAUUGUGACAUUUUUAGCUCGACUAUUCGAAGAAUAGUCUAGCUGUUCUACUCACCCUGGCGUCGGCGUCGGCGUCCCACCUUGGUUAAGUUUUUGCAUGCAAGUACAUACAGCUAUCAUUUAAAGGCAUAUAGCUUUGAAACUUAUUUAUUCUUUUUCUAGGUCAAUUACCAACCUCACUGGGUCAAGUUCCAUAACUCUAACAUGUAUUUUGAGCAAAUUAUGCCCCCUUUUGGACUUAGAAAAUUCUGGUUAAAGUUUUACAUGCAAGUUACUAUCUGCAAAACUAAUGCAGAUAUUGAAUUGAAACUUCACGUGUCUUCGGGGUUAUAAAACUAGUUGAUAGCUUCAAGUCCCAUAACUCUGACCUUCAUUUUGGCCAAAUUAUGCCCCCUUUUGGACUUAGAAAAUCCUGGUUAAAGUUUUGCAUGCAAGUACAUACAGCUAUUACUAAAAGGCAUAUAGAUUUGAAACUUAUUUUUUCUUUUUCUAGAUCAAUUACCUACCUCACUGGGUCAAGUCCCAUAACUCUGACAUGUAUUUUGGCCAAAUUAUGCCCCCUUUUGGACUUAGAAAAUCCUGGUUAAAGUUUUGCGUGCAAGUACAUACAGCUAUUACUAAAAGGCAUAUAGAUUUAAAACUUAUUUUUUCUUUUUCUAGAUCAAUUACCUACCUCACCGGGUCAAGUCCCAUAACUCUGACAUGUAUUUUGGCCAAAUUAUGCCCCCUUUUGGACUUGGAAAAUUCUGGUUAAAGUUUUACAUGCAAGUUACUAUCUCCAAAACUAAUGCAGAUAUUGAAUUGAAACUUCACAUGUGUCUUCGGGGUUAUAAAACUAGUUGAUAGCACCAAGUCCCAUAACUCUGACCUUUAUUUUGGCCAAAUUAUGCCCCCUUUUGGACUUAGAAAAUUCUGGUUAAAGUUUUGCAUGCAAGUACAUACAGCUAUUACUAAAAGGCAUAUAGAUUUGAAACUUAUUUUUUCUUUUUCUAGAUCAAUUACCUACCUCACUGGGUCAAGUCCCAUAACUCUGACAUGUAUUUUGGCUAAAUUAUGCCCCCUUUUGGACUUAGAAAAUCCUGGUUAAAGUUUUACAUGCAAGUAACUAUCUCUAAAACUACUACAGAUAUUAAAUUGAAACUUCACGUGUCUUCGGGGUUAUAAAACUAGUUGAUAGCACCAAGUCCCAUAACUCUGACAUGUAUUUUGGGCAAAUUAUGCCCCCUUUUGGACUUAGAAAAUUCUGGUUAAAGUUUUGCGUGCAAGUACAUACAGCUAUUACCAAAAGGCAUAUAGCUUUGAAACUUAUUUAUUCUUUUUCUAGGUCAAUUACCAACCUCAUUGGGUCAAGUUUCAUAACUCUGAACAUGUAUUUUGAGUAAAUUAUGCCCCCUUUUGGACUUAGAAAAUUCUGGUUAAAGUUUUACAUGCAAGUUACUAUCCCCAAAACUAAUGCAGAUAUUGAAUUGAAACUUAACAUGUUUCUUUGGGGUUAUAAAACUAGUUGAUAGCAUCAAGUCCCAUAACUCUGAUAUGUAUUUUGGUCAAAUUAUGUCCCCUUUCGAACUUAAAACUCUUUUGAUAUUUAACAUUUUGGGUAAUAAUUUCCUGCUUCUGUGACAAUAUUUCGAAUAGUCGAGCUUGGCUGUCUUACAGACAGCUCUUGUUCGUUUUUGUAUUCAUGGCAAACAUGCGACAUGAUCAUGAAUGCCCUGUAGUAUUUGUUCUGGCAUAAUUUUUUACCACUGUAUUCUUAUGCCUUUUAAUCAUUUUACAAAAAAUUGUUUUUACUCCAAACAUUGUUACAGUAUUUAAGAUGUGAGGAUUGUUGAAAUAAAUUGACAAUUGAAAUGUA